AUGGAACUGCUCACUUCUCCUUCUUUUCACCAUAUCUCGCCGCUCACCCGCUCUCGUAGUGACGUCAGAUCCAGCGCCGUGAAAAGGUUUUCAUUUCUCCGAGUUCUCGGUCGAUUGUACAAAAACCGUUGCCUCUCGAGCUUUGAGUGGGUGAGUGAACCGGCCGCAAUAUUUUCAAGACUUUGGUUAGCGUUCAAAUGUUCGCCAUAACUGUUUUCGGCGAGGUUCCACCAAAAUCAGGAAAGUCAGGAAUUCCAUUUGCUCUUUGAUGCAAAAAAUGAAGUUUGACCGUUUUUAAAUAUAAUUUAUGGGGAUAGCUUGUGUGUCAUUGCAGUCUUGAGUAGUUAGAAAAAUCAACUAUCGAUAAGAUACUCAGAAGCUCAUUUACUUUGAUCAUGUAUAUCCCACUUCCAAACUCCAAGUUCUGCAGGUCGAACUCAUUCUCUGGGGUCUCCUUGCCUCGUUCUUCGUCGACUUCGCGGUUCACGCGUCCCGAGUACGGAUAUGGCGGCGGCUACAUGGCUCGAUCGCUCAACAAAUGCGGUAGGCAAAAUGGCCUGACAGGCCUCGAAUCCACGUUUCUGGCUGUCGGCGUCGCCAUCGGCGUCGUCGGUCUCUUCUUUUGCCUUUUCAUGACUUGAGCAUAACGCAGCCUUUUGAUCGAAUAAUCCAUCACAGACUUGAGAGUCUCAACAUAAAGAUUCUCAUGAAAGAGGGAUCUAUGCUCGCGUACUCAUCUUAGCAUUAUUAUUGUUGUGAUCUUCACUUAUUCUCAUGGAUGGGAGCUCAAGUCAGUGGAAAUCGAUAACAAAAUUAAUACCAGGGGUGUGAACUAGCUAUUAACAAACAUGUGGUUAGAACGAAUGAACUCCUUGUGUGUUCACUGUUUCUUUUUUUUCCAUAAAUCAAAUAAAUGUCUUUUGAACAGCUUUUCAUACGCCUUACUUUAUACAUUUCAUUCUUGUAUCAUUGAUUUCUGAUGUCUUAGACUUUUUGCCAGUUUCUCAAUAGGGUUCAUAGCUUUUUCCUACGAGGCGAGAAAUAAACGGUCUGCAUGUUCAUUUCUUCUUUUUUUCUAAUUAAAAUAUUUUUUUCCUUUGAAAAAAAUUGUUUGAUGUUUCAUAUCUUUUCGAAUCAAACAGUUAUCAAAAAUAACAUGAUUUCCUAUAAAAAAAUCAGAACUCCUCUGCUGUCAAGUUUAUUGUAACUUUCAACUAACACUUCUCGAGUAGAACUAUUUUACAGCUUCUAUUGUGACACGUCGGGUUAUGGUUUGAUUUAGUAAAGGUUUUCUUAGCCGUUUGUUCAACUGAGAAAGAAACACGCACAUACAAAAGUACCUCAUUUUUUGCAUUAUACUAUCAAUAAAACCCGGAUAAUAGCCGAAAAGCUAUCUGCCUCGUUUUUUGCAACGGCUGAGAGAUUUUUCCGCCCACGUUAUCCUGGGAAUCGCUGGAAACCUUUGUGUAGCAACACUGUUUCGUCGAGAGGGCAGCUUUUUCUCGGAGAAAUUUUUGCUCAGUUCGCGGAUCGCGUUAAAAUAACCCAGUUUACAACGUGGGCGACGUUUGCGUGUGCGUGUUUUUUUUCUUUGUCGUUUCUCAAAGAUCUCAUUUUGAUUUAUUUGAUUGAAUCGAUUGGAUAACGGUAAACAUCAGAACAAUUUUUUUUGUAGAUGAUUCAAUUUCAGUUUCUACUUUAACUCUCUAAUCAAUUAGUUUAAAAAUUCUCUGAAGGUCUGGAAGGAGAUCUCGUUCGAGACUUUCCUGCCUGAAUUUUUAUGUCUCAAGUACGAGAUUUGUUUCUUCUGCAUUUUUAGCACGGAGCCAAAAUUUUUACGAAAAUUCAACUAAACUUCCGAAGAGCAUUUUCUGAAAAUGCACGCACCAUCCCGAAAAAAAUCAACUUUUGUUACUUCGUUCCGAAAUAAUUUAUUUCCAAUAGCGUGUGAAAAAACUUUUUUUUUCAGGAUCUUCGUUGUUCGGACGAUCCUUGGCGGCGACGGCUCUGACCAAGACGCCACCUCUCCACAAUGUUGGAGUGCAGAGAAGUACUCCUCACUUCACUGACAAGUACGUAUUUUCAGUCUGAAAAAAUAAAAUUGCUGAAUUUUGAGAUAUCCGUAUGUCCGGUACAGUUAUGGAAACACAGACACCGCCUUGGGAACGUUGACUCAAUCGGAGUCGGUAAGUUCAAAUUGUGAAAAGUCGAUGAAAUAUUUUUUUAGCUUACGUUUGAAAAAAGUGAUCUGAAAAUGAGAAAAAAACGUCCAAACAGAGCUUGUAGCACCUAUAUUUUUAAGAAAGUAAGACUUCAGGUUUACUCUCGCCAUGCCGGUGUUCGUGACAUGGGAACGAAAAGAUGGCUCGAGGGCCGAUUGAACACCUACAACACAGGACUUUUCACCCGACCGGACUACAACUACAAACUUGAGAAGCCAGUUGCUCCUUCUCGGAGCUACGUUCGGUAAAGCAAAUUUUUUUGUGUUGUUUUUUUUCUUCUUUUUUUUUUGUUCUUCUCAGUUGUAAGCCUCAUGAAUUUGAAAAAAAACGAUUCUUAAUCUGAGCGAAUGAAUAUUCUACUGCCUAACUUUUCUUUUAGCAAGUCGGACUCACUUAAACCCUGUAAACUGAAAUUUUAACAUCUUAAACAGUGUCUAGAAACUUACUAUCAUAUCCUUUGCCCAGUAAUUUCAACAGGGCCUCAAAGCCAUAGUUUCUCGCUUAUUGGUUUGCGACUAGUUAAAACAGAAAGUUUAUUGCGGAUAUUUACAUCUCUUUAUGAACUUUCAAUAACUUCCGAAUGCCUGAAAACAAAUAAUUGACAAGAAAGUUACACAUAAAAUAUACUAAUUUUGCCACCUCAAAAGUUCAGAUACAUGCCAGUAGAUGACGCAGUGGAUAUGUACAAAAAGAGAUGCAUGACCGUGGGAACUCUCUCAAAGGUACCGUAACAGUCUCCCCUUGAAACUGGAAAUGAUCUCCUUUAGUACUGGCUCUCACCUGCCACCUGGGCUUCUCGCCGUGAGAAAGAACUCAACCUGUCGUCGUCUUUGAGCCGUGGGAAUUACUCGUACUCCAAUAGGUUCGACAGGUUUGGUUUGCAAUAACAAGUUCUGGCGUUAACUCAGCUUCUACGCACUAUUAUGUUGCCUAUAUCUUGGUUGGCAUGUGCUCAAACACUGAGGAAAAGAUUGCGAGGUUUUGAAGAUUGUUUUUUUCAGACUUGGCGGCCGAGCUUUUUAA